UCCGGAGCACGCAAGAGCGCGCAGAUGAGCAGCGGCGCGUGUCAGGAUAACCGAAAAGCUUUCCCGUUGCCUCUAGGCAGGGGCGAAAUGAGAGUCCUACCGGUGACGGGAACCCCUAACGCAGAGCGAGUGAAAUGCGGAUGAGUCUCCAACCAGUGCGGAUUGUGUAACUUUUCUAUUUCAGCAAAAGAGACUUUUUCUAGCUUGCCAUGGCGGUGCGGAGCAACUCUUUAAUGCCGUUCUCCAUUCAGGCCAUUUUGAACAAAAAGGAGGAAGGGCGUCAUUUAAAAGAUCUGGACGUGUGCUUCUCGAAAACUGCGUGCUGGAAAAUAUUUGGCGAAAUGGACGGCGCACCCGACGACUUCUCCUCCCCUUGUAGGAGCAAAGACAGGGUUUGCCUGGCGAGCGAAAACAAGAGCUGCGACUCGGACUCCGGGCUGAGCGACGAUAACGAGAGCAAAGCAAAAGCAGGGUCCUGCUGUGAAAAGGACAGAGACAUACCUGCAUCCGAUGCCCUGGAUGAAAGCUUUCAGGACGAAACCGACCACGAGUCCACUGCUGUGGAUAACUCAAAAGGACUGAGUGACUGUGAGCUAUCCGCUAAUGUGUCUGAUUCCAAUAACGCGGACGAGACGGGCUGCGAGAAGAGUUCGGAUCAGCCCAAACAGCGGAAAAAGCGCUCGCGGGCCGCCUUUUCUCACGCGCAAGUGUUCGAGCUGGAGCGCCGCUUCAACCACCAGCGUUAUCUGUCCGGGCCCGAGCGCGCGGAUCUAGCGGCCUCUCUGAAGCUGACAGAGACGCAGGUCAAAAUCUGGUUCCAGAACCGCAGGUACAAAACGAAAAGGCGCCAGAUGGCGGCCGACCUGCUGGCCUCGGCGCCCGCGGCGAAGAAGGUGGCCGUGAAAGUGCUAGUGCGGGACGACCAGAGACAGUACACGCCGGGGGAACUGCUGCGGCCCCCGCUGCUCGCGCUCCAGCCGUCCUACUACUACCCGUACGCGUACUGCCUGCCCGCGUGGAGUCUUUCGGCCCGCGCGGGGAAUGAGUGAGACCUCACACUUUCGUAUUUAUUCUCCAUCGCGAACUAAGACAAUCUGCACCAUCCGAGGGACCAGGAAGGGAAGAUAUUUGCGAAUAACUACCUUCAACUGUUUUAAGCUGAAAUAACCCUGUGCCUCUCUAAAGACUUAAAUGAUAUCACGUUGGUAUUAUGAUACUUUUGGUAUUAUUUUUUUUUCUGAAUGUAUGGAAUGUUAUUCAUUUCGGUUCACGGGGCAUAGAGGCUUUUGAAACGUUUUUUUCCUUCCAGUUGGAGAGCUGCACUUCAAGUGAAUACAGCCGUUACUGCGGGUGUAGGUUAACGGUAACGGUAAGACUCCGGCACUUUCCAUACCUUUCAGAUAGUAUAAUCUUUUUAAAAAAAGAAGAAAAACAUUGAUUUGAAGGUCUGUUGAUCGUAUUUUUAAGUGAGCCGUGGCAUUAAUAUGAAUCCUCGAAAUGUUAUCAAUAUGAUUUCUUAAUAGUGUAAAUGUUUUGUUUAUUGAAAACGAAAGCAAACAUUAAAAAAUAUGAAGCAUA